AUGCAACAUUUGAUUCUUCACUUCAUUCAUUCUCGCUUUUGGCCGUCAGGAACUAAGCAAGUUUAUACAAUGGGCGUCUGGAAUAUUGCAGUUUCGUUAGCUGCGGUGGCGCUGGGUGUUGUUACAGCCGGUGACGUCAACGUGCUGACUCCUGACACUUUUGAUGAGGUUGUGGAUGGCUCCAAACAUGUGCUCAUUAAGUUUUAUGCACCGUGGUGCGGUCACUGCAAGAGCAUGGCACCAGCUUACGAGACGGUGGCCACGGCCUUUAAAAAGGUGGAUAAUGUGGUGGUGGCUGAGGUAGACGCUGACAACCACAAGGAUUUGGCCUCCAGGUUUGAUGUUAAAGGAUUUCCUACGCUUAAAUACUUUCCAUUGGGAUCAAAAGAGGCUGAAGACUAUAAAGGUGGCCGCGACGAGGCAGACUUUGUCAACUUUCUGAAUGAAAAGGCCGGCACCCAUGUGCGUGUGGCCAAGCCCAUGAGUCGCGCAACUGUAUUGACUGAUGCUAGCUUUGACGCAGAGGUCAUUCACUCCAAAAAGCACGCCAUUGUUGACUUUUAUGCACCUUGGUGUGGCCACUGCAAAAAGUUAGCUCCGGUUAUUGAAGAAGUGGCUACAAUCUUUGAGGGUGAAGAGAAUGUGCUCAUUGCCACGGUAGAUGCCACUGCGAAUACGGAGCUGGCUGAGCGCUACAACGUGAAAGGAUAUCCCACUGUCUACUAUUUCGCCCCCGGCUCGGAUGAACCUGAGGACUUUUCGGGUGAACGUGACACAGCGACAUUUGUUGAGUUUAUCAAUGAGCACGCUGGAACACACCGCACGGUGGACGGUGGACUUACGGCUGAGGCUGGUCGCGUUGAAGAGAUUGACGUUAUCAUUUCAGAGAGUGGUGACAUUAAUAUUGAUGUGCACAAGAAGGUGCAGACUGUUGUCGACGGUCUUGAAGGCAGUGAUGCUAAGUAUGGUGCACUGUAUCUAAAGGCAAUUAACAAGAUCGUUGCCAAAGGCCCGUCUUACGUGGAUGCGGAGAUCAAGCGUCUUGAAGGCCUACUUGAGAACGACAAUGUGUCCCCGCAGAAGAAAACCCUUUUUGCUCUCCGCAAGAAUAUACUUAAUGCUUUCCAAAAGACGUCAAACGAGAAAACGGAGCUGUAA